GUGACGCCUGCAUUUCCGACACAACAAUACAACACCGUAUUGGUCUGCAUUCACGCUCCCACUUCCCCCCUCCCCACGUCUGGCUCUCGGUAUGGCGGACGGCGAGAGGUCCCCGUUACUAUCAGAUCUGGGAGAUGGUGCUCUUGGCAGCGGUAACGGCGGGGUGUCUCCCGGUGCAGCGCCUUACGGUGUGCCCAACAAACCACAGAGCUUCCCUCCGUUCCCUAGUCCCACUCAGCCCUCAGUGCUCCUAGGGGAGGACCCCCCGCCCUACUCUCCUCUCACCUCCCCGGAGAGCGGCAGCGCACCUGUUAUCAGCUGCAGGGUGUGUCAGAGCCUGAUCUCUGUGGAGGGAAAGAUUCACCAGCAUGUGGUGAAGUGCGGGGUUUGCAAUGAAGCUACGCCCAUUAAGAAUGCCCCAGCAGGGAAGAAGUACGUUCGCUGCCCGUGCAACUGUCUGCUCAUCUGCAAAGUCACCUCCCAGAGGAUCGCCUGUCCCCGGCCAUAUUGUAAGAGGAUAAUUAAUCUGGGUCCAGUUCAUCCUGGUCCAGCCAGUCCUGACCCCCAGCCAGCUGGGGCCCGGGUCUCCUGUGGCCACUGCAGCAACACCUUCCUGUGGACAGAGUUCACAGACCGGACACUGGCCAGGUGCCCACACUGCAGGAAAGUCUCCUCCAUUGGUCAGAGGUAUCCCCGGAGGCGAAGCUUGUGGUGUUUUCUACUCUGCUUGCUAUUCAGCAUCUCCACCGCCGGGCUGAUGGCUGGAACGUGGGUGAAGGCUCAGACCUACCAGGGGAUCUACGCCUCGUGGGCCGUGCUGCUGCUCCUGGUUCUCGUCACCUUGGCUCGGGCCUUCUACUGGGCCUGCAUGAGGGUCAGCCAGCCUCUCCAGAACUUCACAUAGAGCCCACCUCCAACUCUGCCGCUCCCUCUUCCCAACCCCACCAAGGCAGGAUGAAAGGUGGCUUUAAAGAAAAGAAAGAAAAACACACAAAAAAAACGAAUAUUUAUUUCAAUCCAACUCCAGAAAGAGAAAGUUCUCCUCCUCCUGUCCCCUCCCCUUUAGUCAAAUGUGUUUCUAAAACUGGAUGGCGGUGGCUGCGACUGCUAUAUAUCUAUCGGUAAUUAUGAUGACGCGUAUAGCCUAAUGUACUGUUUAUCUGUUCUAAUAUCGUGGCCAGUGUGGGGUUCAUUUUAACAUUAUAACAGUUACAAUAUUUUCUUCUUCUCUUUGCCCCUGCGCUGUUUAUAAAUUUUGGCUUCAGUCUGUGGCACAUCGGUUGCAGCCUUGCAACUUCUAAGACGAGAGCUUGAAGCUAAGUCUUACAUGUGAAUAUUGACCCUGUUUUUUGUUUAGGGGGACGCUCCCUCUUCAGUUCUAAUUUGACAUUAUGUUUAGUACUUGAGCAUUUAACAUUUUUUUAAACCGAGAAGCAAAUUAUUUUGUCAAAGCGGCGAUGAAGUCAGACGAAGCUAACAAAUCGAUGCCAGUAGAAGACGAGUGGCUGGAGGGACAUAAGCCUCCUUUUGUGAAUCAAAAGAUCAAGUAGGUGUUGAAAUGUGUCUGAAAAAUUGAAUUCAGCAGUACGUGAAGGUAGGCUAUGAUGUUUUUGAACUCAGUGUUUCUGCUGAAUUUUCCCCUGGGACUGACUUUGAUCCAAAGCAGCUUGAAAGCCUUAAAAGGAGGUGUGGUAGAAGGAUUCAACACACACACACACAUACACAUACAUUCACAGCCACAUAAAUGCAUACCGGCACACAACAAAAGGAGGAUGCUCUUUUAGAGUUGCAGCGGCACACAAACCAGUUUGUCAAAGGCAUGAGCCUCUCUCUUCAAAGACAGACCUGCAAACAGAUUUUCUCCAUAUUGUUGUCCUUAUUUCGGUGAAGGAAAAAGUGACAUGCGUGCCACUUUGCAUGAAAGUUGGAUAUUUUGUUCUGGCCCUGUAACCACAUCGGUCAUCAGCAACAGCUUUACUUUUUAAAAAGUUUUUAUCUUGUUAUUUAUUUUCCUGUUAUCCCUAAUUGACAACUUCUCCAGUUUACAUAUCAUAAACAGCUCCCAUUUUCAAGAGACAGAUUUACUUUAUUACACGCAUCUAUAUGGCUUCCUCUGGGUUUAAUUUUGUUCUGCUUGGCUUUCCAAAACAGACCAAAAUAUGAAACAAAACGCAAAGACAUGUCAGUUGUUACAACAUUGAUGUCUGCCUCUUUUCACCUGCAAAACCCUGUAGGUAUAAUAUCUGUUUUGGAAUUGCUUUCUGUUGUUGGUUGUAAGCUUUCAUGCUUACAAAGGGCACUAUAUAUUUGUCUUAGGAGAGGACUAGGAGCUGAAUUUUAAGGGCCUGUCUGUCUGUUUUGCUAGCUGAUCUGUGAAAGCAAAAAAAAAAAGAAAUGGUGAGCUUGAAAAAUACAGUACUUGAAGCUUUCAUAGCUCCUGAUUCCAACCCUCAAAUUUUAGGGAUGUAUAGCUGAAUGCAUCAGAGUUAAAAUGACAGCACCAAUUUUCUUGUGUUUUAUUGCAUCUGGGACCAUUCAUGUUGAAAAAUGUCCAGUGUUUGUCAUUGAAGAUGGAGGCUGCUCCUGAGCUUUGUUAUUGGUUGGUUCCAGGUUGAGCGUCCACCUUAAGGCCAGUGGAAUAUCUCUUCCUGCCACACAAAGCCUAAUGCCAGUCAGAAUAGGUCAGUAAUAUAAACACACACUACACUAUACAUUCUCACUCAGUGUAAGUCCCAUAAUGACUUCUCUGUCUGUGGUUCUGAAUGUGGUAACAUAUCUUUUGUUAUGAAUUCUGUAUUGUUUUUUUUUUUGUUCUGAUUGUAAAUAUAUUUGUUGUUUCAUGUACAAUGGAAGUGACUAAGCGAAUUAUGUUGCACUCCGAGCUUAACACUACUGCUGUGAAUCGCUGCGGACGUUUUAUUUCUUGUUUUUAAGAAGGUUAUUUUUGCAACUCUUCACCUGUUACAUAUUUAACGAUUUGAUGAACUACUAACCUUACAAGCCUCUGGACGCCCAGCCGCGUCCGAAUCUUUAUCCACCGACACAUCGACAUACUCGCACCAACAAAACAUUCUGACUGCAUCACAUUACAUUUCUAUCUCUCUCUCACACACAAACACACACAUACACACCCAGCACCUUAUACAGUAGUGAGAAACACUGCAUACACCAAGUAAGACGAGAAAAAGUUACCCUGCUGGACUGAACUGAGGUCGCAAACAGUUCGUAUGGAAGUGUCAUGUUAUUUAUUACACACCCUGCAAAAAAAAAAUGCCACAAAUAAGUCAUUUAUCAAGUCCUGAGAUCUUAUUUAUGGUGGAAAAAGUCUGUUAUCCGGUGAGAUUAUUUCACUUUCCUCAAGACCAAGGACUUCUGUUUUUUCUUUUUUGAAAUCAAUACAAUGAUCUGCCAGUUUCAAGUUAUGGUCAGUGCAUUACUUUUUAAGACUGUGAUGGGGGGAAAGAACAAGAUUGAAGGACAGAACUGAGAUGACUUGUUUGAGAAGACCUUUUUUUUUUUUGCGGUGGAGUGAUCAUGUUUUAUCCAUGACUGCAAAAUAAAUCAAUCAUGUUAAUGCCAAUAAUCAAGAACCUGGCUGAUGCUCUUUUCAGAGUUUGUUUACACACAAAUAAAGACAUGAUGAUGU